GGUGUCGGGGCUGGAGAGGUGGAGGAUCACGGUGACAGGGGAUCGCGGCGAACCCCCCGCCUUGUGCAACACAUCUUCUAUUCUGCGGUAAAGAUGGCGGCGUCAGAGGGGGCGCGUAGCGGCCGAACAGCGGCACCACGAUCCUGAAAAAGCUCCAGAUUUAACCCCAAUCUCGCCCGUCAAGCACCGGUAAUAUCAGGCUGGACACCACGUGGAUCACCGGAGCGUAGACUAACGCUGUCACACACCGGGGUUGCGAUUGUAUUGUUAAAGGCAGAGUGGGUGGGUUUCUCUGCUAGCGUGUGCUAACAGGCUAGCUAGGCGAGCUAAUAGGAGCUAGUCAACGUGAGCUCGGUGAAGAAGAGCGAGGAAGAGGAGGAGGAGGAGGGGCUGAGGAAGACCUUUCGGGCCAGGCCGAGACAGCUUAGGGGGAAUGUGAGCCAGGGCUGAGCAGGGGGUUUGCUCGCUUCGUCCUUACACCCAAAAACCCCGCCGGGAUGGGGCAGCAGGUAGGCCGCGUCGGUGAGAGCACAUCGACCGGGCUGCAGCCACCGCAGCAGCCGCACGCGUCCCAGCCGCACCAAGGGAAGGGGAGCCGGGGGAGCGGCGCCGGGAGGAGACCCCGGGAGCCCGGCAGUGGCACCGGGACACCGCCAGGCAGGGCUGCUGCGGUCAACGUGCCCGACCCCGGGAUUAAUGUCUUCACACUGCAUUCAGAAGCUCUCCACCGGCCGUUCGGCCUGGACUCUGCAGCGCUGACGGAGGCGGUGCGCUGGAGCUCCAAGGAGAACCUACUGGGGGCGGCCGAGAGCGACCCCAACCUCUUCGUUGCACUUUAUGACUUUGUUGCCAGCGGAGACAACACGCUCAGCAUCACCAAAGGUGAGAAGCUGCGUGUGCUGGGCUACAACCAGAAUGGGGAAUGGAGCGAAGUGCGCUCUAAGAACGGCCAGGGUUGGGUUCCCUCCAACUACAUCACGCCGGUCAACAGUCUGGAGAAGCACAGCUGGUACCAUGGGCCCGUGUCACGCAGCGCCGCCGAGUACCUGCUCUCCUCCCUCAUCAACGGCAGCUUCCUGGUCCGGGAAAGCGAGAGCAGCCCCGGACAGCUGUCCAUUUCUCUCCGCUAUGAGGGGAGGGUCUACCACUACCGGAUCAACACGUCCUCUGAUGGAAAGGUGUAUGUGACAUCUGAGAGUCGUUUUGCCACCCUGGCCGAGCUGGUCCACCAUCACUCCACGGUAGCCGAUGGCCUGGUCACCACCCUGCACUACCCAGCACCCAAAUGUAACAAGCCCACAGUGUACGGUGUGUCCCCCAUCCACGACAAGUGGGAGAUGGAACGCACGGAUAUCACCAUGAAGCACAAGCUGGGAGGAGGCCAGUAUGGAGAGGUGUACGUGGGAGUGUGGAAGAAGUACAACCUGACGGUGGCCGUCAAGACACUAAAGGAGGAUACCAUGGAAGUUGAAGAAUUUCUGAAAGAAGCAGCAGUUAUGAAGGAGGUUAAACACCCAAACCUCGUUCAACUACUAGGUGUGUGUACGUUGGAGCCUCCGUUCUACAUUGUAACGGAGUACAUGCCACACGGCAACCUCCUGGACUACUUGAGAGAUUGUGAGAAGGAGGAGGUGAACGCUGUGGUGCUGCUCUACAUGGCCACACAGAUCUCCUCUGCCAUGGAAUACCUGGAGAAGAAGAACUUUAUACACAGGGAUCUCGCAGCGAGGAACUGCCUGGUCGGGGAGAAUCAUGUUGUGAAGGUUGCAGACUUUGGACUGAGCAGGUUGAUGACUGGUGACACUUACACGGCCCACGCCGGGGCCAAGUUCCCCAUCAAAUGGACUGCACCCGAGAGCCUUGCAUACAACACCUUCUCAAUCAAGUCUGAUGUCUGGGCCUUCGGGGUGCUGCUGUGGGAAAUUGCCACCUAUGGCAUGUCUCCAUACCCCGGCAUCGAUCUGUCUCAGGUCUAUGACCUCCUGGAGAAAGGUUACCGCAUGGAACAGCCCGAGGGAUGCCCGCCCAAAGUCUAUGAACUCAUGAGAGCAUGCUGGCAGUGGAGCCCAUUGGACCGGCCUUCGUUUGCAGAGAUCCACCAAGCCUUUGAAACAAUGUUCCAUGACUCAAGCAUUUCUGAAGAGGUAGCAGAGGAGCUCUGUAAGACGGCCUCCUCGGGUCACUGCGGACCUCUGCACCCUUUCAGUCACGACAUGCCCCUGUUGCCUUCCAAAUCUCGCACACUCAAGCACACAGAAAACAAGGAAAACAUUGAGGGUGGACUCGACGGACGAUCCGACCACGGCACGCACGGUCACUCAGGCUGGGCUUCUACUUUGUUAGGAGGGGAUGGCCGAUCAGGCAGCUCCCCGGCUCUGCCCAGAAAACAGCAGCCAAGAGAUAAAUCUCCCGGCAACCUUUUAGAGGACGCACAGGAUAUGGGAACAUUUACGCGAGACCGCAAGACUGGCUUCUUUAGCUCCUUCAUUAAGAAGAAAUCUUCCUCCUCUUCUUCCUCCUCGCCGUCGUCUCAGCUCCAACAGAACCUCCCGACGCCACCCAAGAGGAGCAGUUCUUUCCGGGAGAUGGAAACGCAGCCUCACAAGAAAUACGAGCCCACCGCUGACUUCAGCGCUCCUCCUCCCCAACCCCAGUCGGACGGUCUCGGUGGCUUCUCUGCCUCUCCCUCUCACUCCCACGGAGAACCCACCCAGCCUCAGUCACGCUGCUGUGGGGCUGCUUUUGGACAGAAGCCCUCCGGUGGGGGGCUCGCUUCACAGGUGACGAGCGGAAGCAGUUGGAGUGGGUUGGCUGGUUUUUUUACCCCUCGACUCAUCAAAAGGACCCUGGGGCUACGGACAGGAAAGACAACCUCCUCAGAGGAGGGUGGGAGUAUAGCUGGAGGGCCUAAACCCUUUCCUAGGUCCAAUUCUACCUCCUCAAUGUCAUCUGGGCUGCCAGACCUGGAGCGCAUGGCUCUGACUUUACCCAGGAACCGCAGUGCUAAACCCCCUCUAGAGAGGACUUCCUCCACCACCUCCCAGCCAGAGAACGGGGCAGCGAAGCCCUCAGAAACUCUGCUGAGGAGGAUGGAUGAGGGGACCGCACAAAUCAGGGAAAGGCCCAAAGCCAAGCUAUUACCCCGAGGCGCUGCCGUAGGGGUGAGGGGACCAGGGGUUGGGGAGGUGGGGGAAUCGGACAGUCUGUCUCGGGUCAAGGAGGGUAGAGAGGAGGGUGGGGGCGGGCUGGACAGGCAGCAGAGUUGGCCGUCUCCCUCUAAGACUUCUAGUUCGAGUGCUUCGUCAGCCGCAGCAGGUGCUCCAACUCACAACCACAAAGUCCCGGUCCUGAUCUCCCCCACGCUGAAGCACAGCCCAGCCGACGUGCACCUGGUCGGGCUGGACUCUCAGGGGAACCGCUUCAAACUGCUGUCCGAGCACCAAGCGGACCGGGACAGGCCGCGACUUGUAAAACCCAAGUGUGCUCCUCCUCCGCCUCCCACCCUGCGCAGCCUGCAACACUCCUACAGCGGCGACGGAGAGGAGCAGGUAGGGGGAGCGCCACCGGUGGAAGUAAAUGGAGACACAUUGAAAGGUCACAGGUCGGGGCGAAUGUCCGGUGGAGCAACGACGGGCAGACCGUCAGUGCCACCGCCACAAGUGCCUCCUGCAUCUUCCUCCUCCUCCUCCUUUUCCUCCUCCUGCUCAGCCACCAACAACACGACUCCCACCAAAAUGGCCAACGGGGCCGCCAACACUGCCUCCUCACACACAGCAUCAUCUGCCGGCUCCAAAGUGGCCCUGCGGCGCACCAGGCAGCAGCAGGCGGAGAGGGUUCCCCUGGAGCGAGUCAGCCGCGAGGCCAUGCUGGAGUGCGCCGAGUGCCUGAGCAGCGCCCUCCACGCCAGCUCGGAAAGCCCCUCCAGCAGCCAGGUGCUGGACGCCGGCCACCAGCUGCUAGACUACUGCUCAGGUUACGUGGACUGCAUCCCUCAGAUGAGGAACAAAUUUGCCUUCCGAGAGGCAGUGGGGAAGCUGGAGCUCAGCCUGCAGGAACUGAGGGCCUCGUCCUCAGGAGGUGGAGGGCUGGGUGGCGUGGGGCCCAACACUGUACUGGACAACCUGCACAGCUGCAUUAAAGAGAUUAGUGACGUAGUGCAGAGGUAGCCACUGUGACAACACCAACCGUCAUCACCCCCCCCCAACUACCCAACAGACUGCUCAUAUUCCUUCUUUAUGUUCUGGUUCUUUUUGACAGCUUUUUCGGGGGGGACGAAAUGAGAUGAAUCUCUAAAGUACCUCAGAGAAAUCACUACAAAAUGUAUUCUUUUUACUGUUUACAAACAACUCUUUCAUAAAAUGCCAGUGUGGACACUAGUUUUGCUCUGACCUGUACAUAUUCAGAAACAUUUAUACCAAACUAAAUGUGGUUUAAUACACACUAUGACAUUUUUAGCCCCCGCGUCUCCACCUUGCUGUGAUAAAGGCCUCUUCGUUAAGUGAAUGUCGAGUGUAUCAGCUGUGUGUAGCCAGCCCAGAGAGAAGGCAAAGUGGAAGCUCACUCUGCUCAUCUGUCAGUCCGUCACAUACUGAGAGAGAACGAUGGUGGCUGAGCUCAGCCUUACUGAGAAUACUAGACAACUGUUUUCACUGACUUAGCGCCAACAGUGUUUCACAAAGGAGUGAAUCAUCAGUUGGAUGUACUGUGUUUUGCAGUAGAGUAUUUUGCUCACUGUCUUGGGAACUGAGUGACCAUAAGCCAUUUUUUUAAAAAGCCAUUAUAUUCUAAAAGAUUGGAAACAAACUUCACGGUUGGAGGUCUCAAUUUGACACUUUUAUUCUGGGUGCAGAUGUUUUGUUUUUACUUAGUAGUAGAUGGACAAAAAUAACAAACUGCUCAUGUUGGUAUCAGACUAAAGCCUCGUUUCUGAGAAUAAUCUUUUAAGAAUAAUCAACUUUUUUGACGCAGACAUUCCCACGUGUCCACACAAGGCGACCGUUGAGAAAAAAGACUGAAGGGAUCACUUGCCUCAUUGAAACUCGUGUGCAUUUGACAGGCGUGUAAAUAAGCUCAAAUGAAACGUUAAGUGUACGUUUCAGUUUUACCAAAUUCAGGCUUAUCAAAUCAAAAC